AUGAGGGUCGCGUGCCUGAUACUCAGAAUCACCAAACGGUAUUCGUUGAAGGUCAUGCAGGUUUACAAGCCAACCUCGGCACAUCCCAAUGAGGAGGUGGAGGAAAUGUAUGACGAUAUUUCUAGAGCCAUGCAUUCCUCCAAAACCCAUUACACGGUGUUUAUGGGAGACUUCAACGCAAAACUAGGCACAAGAGAAGGCGGUGAGUUGAAGUUAGGGAAAUUUGGAGUAGGGCAACGGAAUCGUAGGGGCCAGCAGCUGGCCGACUUUAUGGAGAAAGAGGGACUCUUUAUGAUGAACUCUUUCUUCCAGAAGCGGCCCCACAGGAAGUGGACCUGGUCGAGCCCCGACGGUUCGACAAAAAAUGAGAUUGACUUCAUUAUGACGACCAGACGCCAACUGUUCAGUGAUGUCUCAGUGAUCGCAAGGGUGAAAACUGGCAGCGAUCACCGAAUGGUUAGAGGUACACUGAACCUAAACGUUAAGUUGGAGAGGUCUCGUCUAAUGAAGUCAACGCUCCGUCCCCCUCGUGCUCUAAUCCAGAAUCCCGAAACCUUUCAGCUCGAGUUACGUAACCGCUUUCAGUGCCUAGAAGAUUAG